AUGGAAAAACAAACGGAUCGUGUAGAAAACGAUGGUCAGGAUGAAACUCAUAAGCGGCUCAGGUACGGGAGCAGCUGCGAGGAAACUGAUGAUAAUUUCUUGAGCUUACCAGAAUUGCUUAAAAUCAAAAAUGACCUAGGAGUUGAAGACUUUUUCGCUGAAAACAGUACCUCAAUGACCAAUCUGGUCGAAUUUGUCAUGGAGAAUGCAACUGAAUUAGCUUCGAAUGAUGAGGAAGCUAGCCUCUUAAAGUCCAACUUAACAUCUGAAACAGAGCUUUCUACUGACUCAAAAGGAACAGAAAAUCUUCCUCCGGAGACCGAGAAUCUAGACAAACUGCAAAACGAACAAGCCUCAAUGGCUCCUCCUCUUGAAAAUUCAUUCGCGGAGCUUUCUGAUGAAUCCGUCAUGGUCGGGAAUUUUAAGAAGCAGAAACCAGGAAUAAAUUGCCCAAAACCUGUAAUAUGUGCUGAGAACUGUGGCAUAGCGAUUGACAAAAAUGGUUGCCAAACCUGUCAGUGUUUGUGGAUGUCCAAAAAAUGCAAAACUGACCGUGACUGUGAAGAUGACAAAAAAAUAUGCGACCUGGGAAGAUGCGAAUGCAAAGAUGGUUAUGUUCCAAAUAUGAAGCUAUCCGGCGUCUGCACAGAAUUUUCCACGAUGAACAUUGUAAGUAUGACAGUUGAGCACUUUUCGCGGGAUAAUAUUUCCGAAUCUGUUGUUGACAACAACUACGACCAAAAAAAUGUCUCGCUUGACUCCAAAGAAGAUUUUUCAGAAGUUUAG